UCUCCUCCUCUCGACUUGUUCUUCAUCGUCUCUCCAUUCACGCCACCGUAACAUUUGAAUUAGGGUUUUGGUUCAUUCCUAUAUGCAUCCGGGAAACCUAUGGGGAGGGACGCUGGACGCGGCGGACGGAGACAGAGCCGCCACCGCGGCGGAGGAGGAGCUCCGGCUGCGGGAAGCGGCGGAGUGGGACAGAGGGGCGAUCCACUCGCAACGGCUCAUGGGUGAGAGCCAAAGGUACCUGGACGAGACUCAGCAGAGCUGGUUGCUUUCGCCGCAAGAAACGUUGAGGAAUAAGAAGAAGAAGAAGCACGUAAACCUAGGGUGCGUUUCCGUGAGCCGCAAGGCAUUCCUCUGGACCGUCGGAUCGAUCGCCGUUGCUUUCGUCGUCGUCGGCCUUCCUAUCAUCGUCGCCAAGUCUUUGCCGCGUCACAAGUCUGCCCCUCCUCCGCCUGAUAAUUACACUCUUGCCCUCCACAAGGCUCUCCUCUUUUUCAAUGCCCAGAAAUCGGGUAAACUGCCCAAGAACAAUGGGAUAUCGUGGAGAGGGGACUCCGGGCUGAACGACGGGUCGGCGGAGGUGGCCGGAGGACUGGUCGGAGGGUACUACGACGGCGGAACGAACGUCAAAUUCCAUUUUCCGAUGGCGUUUUCAAUGACGAUGCUGAGUUGGAGUCUGAUUGAGUAUAGCCACAAAUUCAAAGCCAUCAAAGAGUAUGAUCACGCGAGAGAUCUCCUCAAAUGGGGCACAGAUUAUCUUCUCCUCACUUUCAACAAUUCCGCUGUUCAAUUAGACAAAAUCUACAUUCAGGUCGGUGGAGGUACGAGAGAUUCAAGAACACCGGACGACAUCUACUGUUGGCAGAAACCGGAAGAUAUGUCCUACGCACGUCCGGUUCUGUCCUCUGACGCUGCGACCGAUCUCGCGGCCGAAAUGGCUGCAGCCUUGGCCGCAGCCUCCAUCGUCUUCCAGGACAAACCCGCCUACUCAAAAAAACUCGUAAAAGGAGCGGAAACCCUCUGGCCAUUCGCGAGAAGCCGCUCUAGACGACGAUCUUAUUCCCGAGGGCAACCCGUGAUCGAAGAGUUCUACAAUUCGACGAGUAUAUAUGACGAGUUCAUGUGGGGAGGAGCCUGGUUGUACUAUGCGACGGGGAAUACGAACUAUAUCCAAGUGGCUACUGAUCCUAGGUUGCCUACGACGGCGAGAGCUUUCUCGGGUCGGCCUGAUUUGUUCGUACCGAGUUGGAACAACAAGUUGCCCGCGUCCAUGUUGUUGAUGACUCGGUACAGGAUGUUCUUGAGUCCGGGUUAUCCGUACGAGGACAUGCUCAGGAUGUACCAUAACAUGACUGGUGUUACAAUGUGUUCGUAUCUGAAACAGUACAACGUCUUCAACUGGACUAGAGGCGGGCUUAUAGAGCUGAACAUGGGAAGGCCGAGGCCGCUUGAAUAUGUGGCACAUGCAUCGUUCUUGGCUUCUCUUUUCGCAGAUUAUAUGAAUGCCACUGGAGUUCCUGGAUGGUAUUGCGGUCCGACGUUCAUUUCUAACGUCGUUCUGAAGCAGUUCGCCACUUCUCAGGUUGAUUACAUUCUGGGGAAGAAUCCAUUGAACAUGAGCUUCGUGGUGGGGUUCGGAAGCAAAUUCCCCAGGCACGUUCACCAUAGAGGAGCCACGAUACCGAGCGAUCGGAAGAGACGUAGCUGCAGCGAAGGGUGGCAAUGGAGAGACACGAAAAAUCCUAACCCUAACAACAUCGUAGGAGCAAUGGUCGGAGGUCCCAACAGCUUUGAUCAGUUCCACGACCUGCGUCACAAUUACAACGCGAGUGAGCCUACUCUUGCUGGAAACUCGGGCCUUGUCGCCGCACUCGUGUCGUUGACGAACAGCGAAAGCCAUGGUAUCGACAAGAACACGAUCUUCAACGCCGUUCCUCCGCUCUAUCCGAAGACCCCUCCGCCGCCUCAGCCAUGGAAACCUUGAGAAAAGUUUUCAGAAGAUGUUACAGUUU